AUGCAGACCUGUAGGGGCCAUGUGAGGCUGGUGUAUGACAGCCUGAGCUCCCCUCCAACCACGGUUUACAGUGUGGAGACGGUGAAUGACGGGCAGUUUCACAGUGUGGAGCUGGUGAUGCUGAACCAGACCUUGAACUUGGUGGUAGACAAAGGAGCCCCCAAGAGCCUAGGGAAGCUCCAGAAGCAGCCGGCAGUGGGCAUGAACAGCCCCCUCUACCUUGGAGGAAUACCUACCUCCACCGGGCUCUCAGCCUUGCGCCAGGGGGCAGACCGACCACUGGGCGGCUUCCAUGGUUGCAUCCACGAGGUGCGCAUCAACAACGAGCUGCAGGACUUCAAGGCCCUCCCGCCGCAGUCCCUGGGGGUCUCCCCGGGCUGCAAAUCCUGCGCAGUGUGCAAGCACGGCCUAUGCCGCUCAGUGGAGAAGGACAGCGUGGUGUGUGAGUGCCACCCAGGCUGGACAGGCCCACUAUGCGACCAAGAAUCUCGGGACCCCUGCCUUGACCGCAGAGAAUCCGUGUCUUAG